CUUCUCUGUUGAAGCUGUCUGGCUCGCGGCGCUCGGUGGGGGUGGGCCCUUUCUUCUAUGGUGCUCUUCCAAGAAAAUGGUAUAAGGCUCGCAGAGAAGUGCGGAUGGGGGAGUUGUAAAUCUCAUCUAAGUUACUUCCGGUACAUCGACCUGUUUAGUUUCCUCGCACGAAUCCUCACUGCUGCUAUGGCUGACACCGCGAUGAAUUUGGUAAGUCCAGCGCAGCUAGAUAUCAUCGAUGGGUUACGCGGGCUCGGAAUGUCAAACUAUGUUGCCCUACCGCAGCUUGCCGUAGUGGGAGAUCAGUCGAGUGGCAAGAGUUCCGUCCUUGAAAGCUUCUCUGAGCUCCCAUUCCCACGAGACAGUGGGUUAUGUACUAGAUUCGUAACGCAGAUCAUCUUCCGGCGUGGCUCCACGACUAGCAUCAAAGUCUCCAUCAUCCCAGGGCCCGAUCGAAGCCCCACAGAAACAAACAAGCUCCGAGGCUAUGUGAAGGACGGGCUGUCAGCUCUGACCAGCAAUGAGUUUCUUGACAUCCUUCACGCGGUCUGCCAACUGAUGGGUAUCCCCGGCCCCGGCCAACGUCUCGGAACGAGUCAAUCUACCUUCAGCGACGAUAUCCUCAGCAUAGAGCUUUGUGGCCCAGACAAACAGAACCUAAGCAUCAUCGAUAUCCCGGGCAUCUUCAGAACGCCGACGGAGGGUGUAACAACAGUGCACGACAUGGCUUUGGUGAGAAGGAUGAUGAUGCACCAUAUCAAAGGCGAGAGGACUAUCAUCCUUGCAGUCAUCCCCAGUAACACAGACAUUGCUACUCAGGAGAUCUUAUCCAUAGCUAAGGAGUUAGACCCUAACGGUCUCCGGACGCUAGGUGUCCUCACAAAACCCGACCUGAUUGACAAGGGUGGGGAAGAAAAUGUGGUGAGCCUCGUGGAGGGAAAGCGUAACCCGCUCCGUCUUGGAUAUUGCAUUGUCCGAAAUAGGGGCCAGAGCGAGCUCUCAAGCGAUGCCGAUACGCGCCACAGGACAGAGAAGGACUUCUUCUUAACGGAACCCUGGUCCAGGCUGGACCGAGAUCGGGUGGGAACACCGGCACUCCAGAGGCGUCUACAGGAGCUGCUCGUGAGUAUCACACGCCGAGAGUUCCCAAAGGUCCAAGCCCAGAUUUUGCAAAGGCUCUCGACCAGCCGCAAGGACCUCCAACGCCUCGGGGCGGAUCGUGAAUCGGCGGACCAGCAGCGUCGUUUCUUGCUCGAAAUGUCACACACUUUCCAGGAUGUGACGAACUGCGCCUUGGAUGCGUACUAUUCACGCCACACGGUGUUCGGAAGCAUUCCUGAGCUCAGGAUUGCCACAUUGGCUGUCGAACGCAUGGAGCGCUUCGCAAAAGAUAUCGAGACACUAGGGCAUACUGUCGACUUUGAAUCGGAAGAUAGAGAGGAAGUGGCAACUAGAUCCCCAGCCUCCGGUUUAACGUCCUCAAAUGGGUCGGAAGCGGACGCUGGGAAUCCUCAUCUUGAGUACCCGGAACUCUCCGACCUGAUCUCGACGAACGGAGUGGCUCCCGAGCCAAGUGACCGCAGCAUCCUCGAGUGGAUAGGAGAAGAGUACCGGAAGGCGAGAGGUUUCGGCCUUGCAACAAUUGGGCCUUCAAUAUUGCCUACAAUAUGGCAGGAACAGUCAAAGAACUGGAAAGGUCUGACCUUAGCAUACAUAGCCGAUAUCGUGUUCUUCGUUCACGACUUCACUUGCAAAGCCCUUGCCCACGUCUGCCCUGAUGAAGGGGUGCGUUCCGGCCUGUGGUCGGUGCUGCAAGAGCGACUUGUCGACAGGUAUCGAGCGGCCGUAGACCAUGUGGAGUUCAUCAUCCGAGUCGAGCGAUUUGGCACGCCUUUGACGACGAAUCCCUACUUCAAUAAGAACUUGCAGAAGUGCAGGAUGGACCGCCUAGAGAAGAUGUUGGAGACGCACACAGAACCUCAAAAAGAUCCCACCCCCUGGCAAUCGCGUAACCCAGUUGUCCGGCUUGAUCGGAUCAAACAAUCCAUGGCCAUGGAUAAUUCGGAACACACCAUCCAAGACAUCCAUGAUAUCUUGGAAUCAUAUUACGAGGUUGCAAGAAAGCGCUUCGUAGAUACCGUAUGUAUGCAAGGUGUCGAUUUCUACCUCUUGACAGGACCAACCUCACCGCUGCGAAUCUUCGAGACAGCUUUCGUAAGCGACUUAUCUGCUGCUCAGUUAGAUCUUAUUGCCGGAGAAGAUAUUUCAACCAAGCAGCUCCGGAAAAACUUGAAGAAUGAGAUCGAUGCUUUGGAAAAAGGGAAAAAGUUGCUUAGGGCGUGAGGACGUCUGAAUUUAGGAUGCUUGGCAGGGCUCACCUUGGGGCCAUUUUAGCUCAACAAGUCCCUCGGAAUUUGGGUGGACUUUAAGAAUCAUGUGGCGGCGGUCCAGAAGGUCGGCCUUCGACCGUGAGAGAGUUUCUUUGCAAAUACUCCAACGCGUUGCGAAUACUUGAUGUCCAGGACGUGUUGAAUUAUUUGGAUAAUGUGCUGAACAAUGUCUUAAUCGUGGCAAUAUAGUG